AGGAGGAGGGGCUCCCCCACCCCACCCCCCCUCCUCCGAAACCACCCUCCGGUGAGGGCCGCUCGUGAUCCCCUCACCCGAGACCUGACCCAUGUUGUCUGAUGAAGAAGCUGAUGGCGACGUCGGUCAAGGAAGACCCCAUCCGGGAGGUGACCCUCCUGAAGCCCGAGUACCUGUCAGCCAUCGAGGUCAAGGUGGAGGAGCUGCAUCGCCAGGGCAGGGCCCUGACCCCCGUCAGCGAGGAGGCCGCCUUGUCCCCCGGCGCCAAAGACGAGCUGGGUGAGGACGAGAACGUGGCGGAGCUGAGCAGGCCGAAGAACGGCCUCCAGCCCUUCCAGCAGCAGAGGGCCUUCAAGAGGCGGAACAGCCUGAACGUAGGCUUCAAGCACCCCGGCUUCAAGCGGCGCCGCAGGGCCAACUCUGACUGCGACCCGGUGCUGCCCAGCAACUUCCUCUUGGGGGGCAACAUCUUUGACCCGCUGAACCUCAACAGCCUGUUGGACGAGGACGUGAACAAGGCCCUCAACGCCGAGACCCCCAAGUCCUCACCUCUGCCCUGCCGGAACCGCGACCCGGUGGAGAUCCUCAUCCCCAAGGACAUCACCGACCCGCUCAACCUCAACAACGACUCCGAGGUCCUGCCCUCGCCCCUCAAGCUGGGCCGCAAGAGGCGCCACCGGCACUACCACCACCCGCCCAGCCAGCUUCCCCAGUCCGCCGCCGCUGAGCUGGCGGAGAAGAGCCAAGCGGCCGUGCCGGACCCCGGCGCCCAGGAUGGCGCCGCUAGCCAGAUUCCGGCGGCAGCGAGAGCAGGGGCCGGUGCCGCGGAGCCGCCGCCGGAGCCCGAGGGGCCCCAGCCUUACGAGCUCAACACCGUCAUCAACUGCAGGGAUGAGAUCGUGUCGCCCGUCCUCCGCGGCUCCGAGCACGCUUCGGCCGGCACCCGGCACCGCAAGCGCCGCAGGACCUCCAGCAAAUCGGAGCCGGGCAAGGCUACUACGGGCGCAGAGGAGGAGCCUGGGCCGCCGGGCGCCGACGCUAAGAAGCAGACGCCGGAGAAGCCGAGGGGGAAGGCGUCCCACCACCACCACCACCACCAUCAUCACCAACACCAGCAGCAGCAGCACCACUACCAGCGCCACUCCAGCCUGCACCGGGAGAGCAAGGCUCAACCCAACUUCCAGAGCAAACACAAGCGGUUCCAGUAUGGCAACUACACCAAGUACUACGGCUACCGCAACCCGGGCCGCUGCGAGGACCCCCGGCUCGGGGUCUUUAAGCCCGACUGGUUCCGGGGCAAGGACAUCCUGGACCUGGGCUGCAACUCUGGCCACCUGACCCUCAGCAUCGCCAAAGACUUGAAGCCCUCGCGCAUCGUGGGCGUCGACAUUGACGGUGGCCUCGUCCACUCGGCCCGGCAGAACAUCCGCCACUUCCUGUCGCAGGACGUGCUGCCGUCGCAGGGCAACGGGCAGGUGAAGCGGCGCUUCCCCCUCUCGCUGAGCAAGUGCAAGGGCCCGAUCGCUGCGCCGCCCAUAGCGGUCGACUGCCGUGUGCCGGAGUUCCCCAAUAACGUCACUUUCAUCCAGGGAAACUAUGUACUGGAGAAGGACGAGUUGCUGGAGACACAGAGACCAGAGUAUGAUGUCAUUCUGUGCUUAAGCCUGACGAAAUGGAUUCAUCUCAAUUGGGGGGAUGAGGGGCUAAAACGGAUGUUCAAACGCAUCUACAGGCAUCUGCGGGCCGGCGGAAUUUUCAUCCUUGAACCACAGCCCUGGUCUUCAUAUGGGAAACGACGGAAACUUACAGAGACAAUCUACAAGAACUACUAUAAGAUCAUCUUCAAACCGGAACAGUUUACGUCUUAUCUGUUGUCCCCCGAGGUUGGAUUCUCUAGUUAUGAGCUGGUGGGAACACCUCAGAGCACAUCGAAAGGGUUCCAGCGUCCGGUUUACCUCUUUCACAAGGGUCGUCCAUCUAGUGUGAACUAAGACCUUCCAAAGCCAGCUCCUGGCUGCUAUUUCUGUUCCUUUUGUCCGUUGAUGGCUCUUUCCUGACCAUCUCCUCUCUCUCUCUCUCUCUCUCUCUCUCUCUCUCUCUCUCUCGUCGAAGCCAAUGGAAGACCCUGCACAGGACACGUGGUCUGUCAUCAUGAACACUGCCUUUUUCUUUUUGGGUUGUUUUAAAUUGACAAGAUGUUAUCUCGAUCUGCUUCAUAUAAAAGGCUCAACGAAUGUUUGUUUUAAAAAGAAAAAAGGAAAAGCAUUUGAGGGUCACAAAAAAAAGGAACUGCUCUUGCUGGCUUUAGGCACCUCUUGGGUGGGGGAGGGUGCGUGUGACCCUUUUGAAAGGAUAACUUCUGCGCUUGAAUUUAUAGUGAGCCAGCAUUGCUGGCAUUGCUUCCAGGAAAACCUCACCCUUUUUUUUUCCUCUGUCAAACUCUCAUCGUUUGAGUGGGCAACACGUCUGUUGUGGACUGGCAGGGAGAGGAAAAUAGAUUAAACGUGAAGAGACGCCACAGGUGAAACUACCAAGAUAAACCUACACCUUUUGCAUUGUUUUUCUUUUACCAUAUGGGACAUUGCUAUCCAGCAUGCCAGCCACUUGCCUGCAGGGUCAUUUGCCACUUCGUUCUCUUCACCCAUCUCUCGCCAAAAAAACGGUCUUGCUGGAGACUGUAAACCAACCAGUCCCUGAAACGAAUUGGCUCAUGGACGCAACCAAAACCAGCCAUCUUCAUCCUGCCAGCGCGGUUGGCCGUGUAUUUUGGGGGCAUGGUUACGGUGGGCUGCCUACAGACCCUGGCUCUGUUUUGAUGACCGUUUCCAUUGUCAAAUUAAAACUGGUAUUUACAGGAUGCGGGCAACAUCGAGCUUUAGAAUCCUAGCGUUUGUGGCCAGUGGUCUGGAAUGACCACUUGUAACAAUAUUCCAAAAGGAAAAGAAUUGCCGGCGUUGGUAUUGAUCUAUCCUCCUCUUUGUUGGAGCAGCGGGAAAAGAGAGCCCCGGUAGAGAUGACUCUCGGCUGUUUCUGGCUCUCAAACCCCUCAUUUGUGGGGAGGCAGGUAAUUAGUUUUUCCAUCCCUCUCUCCUCCGCUGAGGUCUCCUAAACCUCGACAAAUACCUCUAGUUUGUUCUGGCAUCCCUCACCUCCCAGCAAAUCCUGAGCUAAAAUAUUGAACCCUUGUAUGUGUAGUAGUAUGACAUGGCUGUUUGUUUAGUCAAAGAGUGAAGUCAAGAGGUCUGAGCACUGAGCUGCUGUAGUCAGGACUUACUUUUAAAUGCAUCCCUGUUGGUGCUGAGUACCUGAGCAGGCUAUGGUUUGUAUUUUUGCCCCGAUUGCGAUUGCCAAGCCCUUAGAAUCCAACAGAAUCGUAUUCAAUGUGAUUUGUCUUCUCUUUUCGCCUCCCCACACCAAUAUUCAAGUCUUUCAGACUGGGGUUUGGUCUGACCCAGAAACAGAUAAUGGAGUGGGAUGAAUAUCCUAGAUAUGACUCUUAGUGACUUUUUCAAUAAAUAAAUAAAACCCCCUCAAGUUUAGACUUUCUUGCCUGUGUGUGUGUGUGUGUGUGUGUGUGUGUGUGUGUGUGUGUGUGUGUGUGUGUGUGUGAGGGGAGAGAGAGGAACGGUGAGUCUUAACCAUAAAAGCGAAACAUUCUGAAGUUAACACGUUUUAAACCAUGAGCUCCUUUUAAACGUAAUAAUUUCAACAAUGCUGGGGUCGCUGCACCUGGUUUUAAAGUUCUGCUAUUUUAUAUUUUAUAUAAAUUUAACUUCUGGAAGUCCAGCUGCUUAGAAAUGAACAGGACCCUUGUGUGUUUGUUGUGCGUGUACUGGGGGAGUUUUACUGCUUCAGGGAGACUAAAAGUCCCCUCCAGUGCACUUGCCCCCCACCCCCAACCCCACCACCCCCAUUUUGUAAACUGACGUCAGUCUGUAAAGAUACAGAAUAAAGUGCAUGUUAACCACCCCCCACCCCCCCUCAUCUGGACCAAUGAGAUAGACUGAUGAGUGGCAGUGUCAGAUGAUUGCAGUAACCCUUAGCCAUGCAUUUGUUGCGCCGCACUGUAAAUAUUCCUGCGGUACAGUAUGGAAAUGAUGCUGUUGUAAUUUACUUUUCUAAAGUUAGAGGUUUCCUGACUUCCACGGGCCGCUCACUGCUUUAUUUCAGCACAGUAACCUCCUGACUGCUCUCUCUCCUUUUUUUAAUCCUCUUGACUCUCCUGCGCUCCUGUUCGAAAGGCCAGUGUGCUGGUUAUGGGCGGAAGGAGUGUGGUGGUGGUGCUGUUGGGGGGGGUGGGGGGGAGGUAGAUCCAACGCUUACUUGCAUUGUGUUAUGAUAAAGGGUUUUUUUUUUACCCCUGCUAGCUGUGGGAGGAAAAAUAUUAAAAGUAAAGCGGCCUUACCAGUGUUCUGGGUCCAUGAAGACCCCAGGAUCCGAGGAGAAUUGACCAUUCAGUUGUGCUUUACAAGGAUUUCUCCCCCCGCCCCCUCCCCCAGCCCUGCCCCGCCCCAGAUUGAUUGGUAGACCAGUUCAAAACCUGGGCCAGAGCCAAAAUGCGUUUCACAUAAAAUGAGAGAAGUUGCUUCGUUCUGGCCCUCUCACCGGGGCCUUGGGGUUCCUCUGAUAUAGGACCAAACGCCCCCCCCCAAUAUGGUAACCUAUGAUGGGAAGGGGAGCCACCACCAUGGCAUACUCGACCUGCAGCCGUCUGCUUUGGAGGAUCAGUGUUAAACGUGAGGGAACGCCGGGAGCAGAUCUGGAGGAGGAGACGUGGUUCUGAUCCGGAGCUCCUGGCGCCGUUAAACCGAUCAUUGGCCGGCGUUAGAGAUCCAGGGAAACUCGGGAUCGUGGAUUUUUAUUUUGUGGCGAGAGGGAGGCAUUUUUAAAAAAAAUAAAUAAAUUUUUUUGUAGAACUUUCCGUUUUAUUAUCGUAAGGCACUUAAUGAUUUUUUAUAUAUAUACCUGGACUUGAAUUUGACCCCCCCACCCCCCCCCCCCACCGCCGCAGUCUCUCCAAACAUUCACCUGUAAUUCACUUCCGAAACUGAUGGCGACAUUUCUAACCCUUUUUAGAAUUUAUUGACUGAAGUUGAGGUGAGGAAUCUUAGUGUGCGUUCCCAGGUGUCCUUUCUCAGUCGGCAGCUCGAGUGCUUGGACUCUUAAGGAUCCUCGUUGCACUUUGUUAUUUUAGUUAGUUCGAAGGAAGGAAGGUGCAAGCCAUUGCCUUUUUCGGGUAAAGGAAUUGCCUGCAUCCCUCUUUGUGUGCCGAACAGAUGACUUCUACCCUCGUAGAAGCUUAACCUGGGAGCAGGGAACCUUCCCCAUCCCCCAACCCCACCCCCAUCAACAAUAUGUCCAGUCCAGCUGAUCCUGAUGAUAAACUGCCUGUAACCAACAUUAUUUCCCCCCCCCGUUUGUUAAUUCUAACUUCCAGUACAAAUAGCUGAGUAGCUUGUAUCACUCCACUUGGUGUUUCGGUUUGAGCUGGCCGCAGGGGGGUUGUGUAUUGCCGCUUCCCCAACCCCCACCCCCACCCCCUCCCGUUUUGUCCUCCGCGCGCCCCCUUUCAAUAUCCGUCACAGGCUUGGCAAUCGCUGCUUUCCCACCCCCCCCAAAACCCCCUCCCCGUGAACAAAGACAGUGAACGGUGCUCCUGAGGAGGAUCUGUGGCUGCCUUAACACCUGGGCCGCAGCAACAGCUUCAGCACGAUUAAAAUUUAGUAGCAAGACUGAGCCCGUCGGUAGUUGCACUGGUCUUUCAAUAAUUUCUUAAUAAUUAAAAAAAAUUAAGCCAUGGCUUGUAAAAAAGAGGUGCUUUUUUUUUUCUCUCUCUCUCUCUUUCCAACUAUUUACCAGCUCCGUACAGGACGUUGUUUCUUCAGUAUGAUAAACUGUAUCUUUGACAACUGGUUGGCUGCAGCUUCCAAACAGGGAGGGGAGGGUAGGGUAGGGCGGGCAAACUGUAUGUACGUGUCUGCAUUACAGGGGAUGGUUUAAGUGCAAAUAAACUUGAGAUUCUAGAUUUUUAAGAAAAAAAAAAGUAAAUAAAAUGUUGUCUUUGAUAUUAAAAAAAAAGUUUCAGGAAAAAAAAUUGUCAUUUGUGAAUUUUUUUUUGUAAAAAAAAGACAAAAUGCUGCAAAAAUCCAAUGUCAAACAUACAUCAAGUGUCAUUACAAUAAAGGAAUACAAAGUGUUAAA